GCGCGGGGGUUUGGAUCUGGGAGACUGGGAAAGGAAGGGCCCCGUGUUCUCCUGCAAGGGACGAGGAGUCUCGGUUUGAUUUCUGCUGUGGUGUAACGAGUGCCUCGCGUUUCUGAUAAGGUGACAAUAUUGAACUCACUCCUUUGCAUUGAACCGACCACGAUGGCAGAAUUAUUUCCUGGAAUUUUCCCGGGUCUGCUCUUGGACAUUGUUGAUGACGAGUGGGCGCAAGACAAGCUGCCGAAUGAUGACAUUCCAUUUCCGCCAGGCUUCUGUCCGCUGGCUGAUGAAAUUGACGAAGCGAAUCAAGAUCAGCAAGCAAACCAGGAUAAAUGGAAUGAGCUAGGGCUGAACACUCUGCAAUAGAAGGGCCCAGAAGAUCUGGUCGCACAGAAAUCUGGACAUCCCAUAUUUUGGAGGGAGUUUUUGUUAUCAGUCAUGGCAAGCAGACGACUGAAUGUGAUACGAAUGGGAAUUGUAGGCUAUGCACAGGCGAGUGAACUGCAGCGCUUGCUGGUCGACAGACGCAGAGCAGGACUGAUUGGCAACACCCUGCUCUCUCUACAGCAUCCACCCACCUUCACCGUUGGCAAGCGGAAAACAAUGCACAACUUGCUUGCCACUCCUGAUGUCCUUGCUGGUUUGGGCGUUGAAGUUCAUGAAUCUGAUAGGGGUGGUGACAUAACUUUUCAUGGGCCACGCCAAGCGAUCCUGUACCCUAUUCUCGCACUCAAUCAGAUGAACUUGGGGGCACGAAAGUACGUAGAAGGUUUAGAGGAUAGUAUGAUAAAUACAGCAGCGUUGUAUGGUGUCCAAGCUUUAGGCAGAUUCAAGAAACGGACGGGUAUUUGGGUUGAAGACCGUAAACUAGGCGCCAUUGGAGUGAAAAUUUCCUCUGGGAGCAUAACUUCGCAUGGUCUUGCCUUCAACAUCGAUCCCGACUUGGAGUUCUUCACCCACAUUGUACCCUGCGGUAUAUCAGACAAGGAAGUGACCUCACUUAGAAAAGAGAGUUAUGUUCCUAUUCCUGGGGAGGAUGUGGUCACUGAGCAACUUAUUGAAUCUUUCGCAAAUGUUUUCAAACUUGAUAAGCACACACUAGACUUAGAUGAUUUAUGAUUCACACGCCCAAGCAUGCCUGGUUUUCUACGAAGCCCUGUGCUAUUUUACAGAAAGGAUCAUUAUUGGCGAGCACCUUCCUCUGUCGUCUUUCGUGAUUUUAUUUUUUUAUGGACAUCCCAAUAUACGAAGACAUGGAGAGAUUGAAUCAAUAGCCCUUAUUGCCCAACGACGCAA